CUCAAUCUUUAAGCUUACACUAUCUUUUUGUUGUACUUUAUAUCCUCAUUUUCAUGGCUGUUUUUUUCUACUUCUUCAAUGAUUUCCAAUAACUUUCAAGGCCAUUAUAUCCCUAUAUGUAUUCUCACUCAACCCAAACCAUUUGAUGAACAACCCACAUGAAACCUUGGCCUAAAAACUCAUUUUGUGCAUAAAGUUUGUAACCUUUUGAGUUUUAAAAAGAGAAAGGUUAAAGGGUUUUAGCCUUUAAAUGAUGGAGAACCUCUCUAGGCCUUCUCAAGAAGAAGAUCAAAUGGAUAUGCCUCCGGGAUUCCGAUUUCAUCCUACCGAUGAAGAACUAAUCACUCAUUACUUGCUAAACAAGGUUAUGGACUACACCUUUUUUGCUAAAGCAAUUGGAGAAGUUGACAUGAAUAAGAUUGAGCCUUGGGAAUUACCUGGGUUGGCGAAAAUGGGUGAAAACCAGUGGUAUUUCUUCUGUAUUCGGGAUAAGAAGUACCCGACUGGAUCGCGCACAAACAGAGCUACUGCUACCGGUUAUUGGAAGGCCACCGGAAAAGAUAAGGAGAUCUUAAGGGGGCGGUUGCUUAUCGGAAUGAAGAAAACCUUAGUUUUCUACAUGGGGAGAGCUCCAAAAGGGGAAAAGACUAAUUGGGUAAUUCAUGAAUAUAGAUUAGAGGGUAAAUUCUCUCAGCAAAACUUACCAAAAUCAGCAAAGACCGAAUGGGUGAUUUGCCGUGUGUUUCAUAAGAAUUCAGGAGAACAAAAGGUGCACAUUUCAGGAUCAAUGAGGACGAAUUCGGGUGGCGUUGCUACUUCUCUACCACCAAUGAUGAACUCUUCGACAACUUUUGGUGGAAGGAUCAUCAAUCCAAGCAUAUCCAACUCGACUCACGUACACUGCUUCUCCAAUCCAGUUAUCCCAAUUGAACCCAAUCCAGUUAUGCAACAAUUUCCUUCUGGUUCUCCAUUUUCGGCGUAUGAUCACGCAAUCUUGAAGGGUGUAUUCGGGCCCAACGGUCAUGGAAUGAAGAUGGAGACAGAGAUGGUUACAAGUUCACAAGACACCGAAAUUUCGUCGAAUCUUGAAAAGGGUAAGAGGGGAAUUGAAGAUGAGCAUGAUUAUGAAGGCCCAUCAACUUCAUUUGGACCGGUUGAUUUGGAUUGCUUAUGGAAUUAUUGAACCAAUAAUUGGAAUCAAGAAGUAGUUUAUGAAGAUGAAUGGAUGAUAGUUUGUGUUGUUGAUGUUGAAAGAUUGAAACAGAUUGAUAGUUGAGUUUAGACAAAGAUUUUUUUUUUUUUUUUUAAGAUUAUGAAGAUUGAAAGAAGAAAUUAGGAGAUAGUGGUUAUUUUGUAGUAAUAAUGAGGUAAUUAGUGAUAGUACUUUGGGUUUCUUA